CCGCGCUCCGCCGAGCCCGGCUCAGGCCGCCGCCGCCGCCUCCCCCCCGUCUCCGGCUUCUCAACCGGGAGGGUCAAGUAGGGAUAUGUCCUCAGCACCAACUACUCCUCCAUCAGUGGAUAAAGUAGACGGAUUUUCUCGGAAGUCCGUCAGAAAAGCCAGACAGAAGAGGUCACAAAGCUCCUCCCAGUUUAGGUCUCAGGGCAAGCCUAUUGAGUUAACUCCUCUGCCUCUGCUGAAAGACGUUCCAUCUUCAGAGCAGCCUGAACUGUUCCUAAAGAAACUUCAACAGUGCUGUGUCAUUUUUGACUUCAUGGACACGCUUUCAGACCUUAAAAUGAAAGAAUACAAGCGCUCCACUCUUAAUGAACUGGUCGACUACAUUACAAUAAGCAGAGGCUGUUUGACAGAGCAGACUUACCCUGAAGUAGUUAGAAUGGUAUCUUGCAAUAUCUUCAGAACUCUCCCACCUAGUGACAGCAAUGAAUUUGAUCCAGAAGAAGAUGAACCCACCUUGGAGGCAUCAUGGCCACAUCUACAGCUUGUAUAUGAGUUUUUCAUACGAUUUUUGGAAAGCCAAGAAUUUCAGCCCAGCAUUGCCAAAAAAUACAUAGAUCAGAAAUUUGUAUUGCAGUUGUUGGAGCUGUUUGAUAGCGAAGACCCUCGAGAACGGGACUACCUAAAAACAGUCUUGCACAGAAUUUAUGGCAAGUUUCUGGGUCUUAGAGCAUUUAUCCGAAAACAGAUUAAUAAUAUUUUUCUACGAUUUGUUUAUGAAACUGAACACUUCAAUGGCGUAGCUGAGCUGUUGGAAAUUUUAGGAAGUAUUAUCAAUGGUUUUGCUUUACCUCUUAAGGCAGAGCAUAAACAGUUUCUGGUGAAGGUGCUGAUUCCUUUACAUACUGUCAGAAGUUUAUCACUCUUCCAUGCACAGCUGGCAUAUUGCAUAGUACAGUUUCUGGAGAAAGACCCCUCACUCACAGAACCAGUCAUCAGAGGCUUAAUGAAAUUCUGGCCGAAAACCUGCAGUCAGAAAGAGGUCAUGUUCCUAGGAGAGCUGGAGGAAAUCUUGGAUGUAAUUGAACCAUCACAAUUUGUCAAAAUCCAGGAACCCUUGUUUAAACAAAUUGCCAAGUGUGUCUCUAGCCCUCAUUUUCAGGUGGCUGAAAGAGCACUGUACUAUUGGAAUAAUGAAUACAUCAUGAGUUUGAUAGAGGAGAAUUCAAAUGUCAUACUUCCCAUCAUGUUUUCCAGCCUUUAUAGGAUUUCUAAAGAGCACUGGAAUCCGGCUAUUGUGGCUUUAGUCUACAAUGUGUUGAAGGCAUUUAUGGAAAUGAACAGCACCAUGUUUGAUGAGCUGACAGCCACUUACAAGUCAGAUCGUCAGCGUGAGAAGAAGAAAGAAAAAGAGCGUGAAGAACUGUGGAAAAAACUGGAGGAUUUGGAAUUAAAGAGAGGUCUUAGACGUGAUGGAAUAAUUCCAACUUAACAAAAAAACAAAACAGCAUUAUUAACCUGUGGAGUCACACAUUUAUGUAGUAGAAGAUGGAGCAACAGUUUUCUGUAUUGUGCAACUUUACAGUAGAUUUCACAUUUGUUUCAUUAUUACAACAGCACUGUAUAUACCUGUCUCUAAGUAAAGGAAAAAAAUAAGGACUUUAAUCCAAAGUUUGGACAGCAGAUGGACUUCUCAGAACUUUGCAAACAUAAUCAUUGUUUUAACCCUUCUUUAAAACCAGUCUUCAAAGAUCUGUUGAUGAAAAUUGCAAUGUCAGAUUUCAUUGUCAGGACCUGUUCCUUAUUUAUCGUUAGCAGAGAGUAUAAUACAACUUUCAAAUGUGAACAAUCUUAAAAUUUAGCUUGUCUUUCUGCUAAACUGUUAAGUGUAUUUAUAGUAAAAGAGAAAAAAGACUGUCAUUUCCUUAUGAGUUUGUGUAACAUCCUCCUUCUCUGGAUAACUUUACUGUAAUUUGACUUUUUUUUUUCUUUCCUUUUGCACAUCUUCAUAAGUUGAAUGUCCAUUCAGAUCAGGGCCAUGAAAAAAAACAAAAGCAUAGGUCCUGAAUAAAAGUUUUGUUUACUGAUGUGAGCAUUUUUUAGUACCAGUCUGUCUCUGGUGCUUCUUUAAUUUGAACAUUAGGAGCUAAAAAAACAAGUAGGUGAUAAACAUAGUAGGAAAGGGAGCUUUGGAUUCGUGCACCUAUUUAUUGCAAAUCCAAAUUAGUGUCCACAAUCCUUGAAAAAUGGACAGUGGUAACAGCUUAGAUUUCAGUACCUAACCAGUAUUAGUGUUACAGCAUUGGACACACGUACCAGAGCUGUUUUAGAAAUACUAAUUCCUAAAUUACUACAGUAUGUUUUUAUUGGACCAUUUUGAAAGAAUAAAGACAAACGCUAAACAGUGCAAGCAUGAAAUUGAUCUCCAGUGGUCAUGGAUCUAACUGGGAAAUGAGUUGAGAUAGCAGUUUGGACUGUUUGGAGUUGUUGCCUUACUUUUUAAUAUGUAUUUAUAAAGUGUUCCAGCAAAAGAGGAUGUAGCCUCUAAGAAACAUACUAUAGUGUUUUUGUGGUUCUAGUACUAUUAUUACUCAUCACAGUACCAGCCCUAUGGUCUUAGCUGGAAAGGAUUCUGGAUAAUAUACUUCUGCAUUCUCAUCUGGAUGCUCAUUCCUAACUACUGUAUUUGUUACCAAAAGUGGUUCUACAAAUGCUACUGAAAAAAAAUUCUGGAAAUCCUAAUGUUCUGAGUAUUAAUAAUAAAGCUUUUAUAUCAAAGGUGCAUUGUGACCAAAUUGUUUAAAACAAAAGAAAAAAAAAAAAAAAAAAAAAAAAAAAAAAAAGAAGAGGGCUGUAUUAUAAGUAUACAUUAUUGGCUAUCUGCUUUGUAUUUGAAAGUGGAAUUUACAUCUUUGGUAGGUAAAAUGCUGAUAAAACUUAUGUACAGUAAAUAUUUAGCUAAUGCAGUUGCAUUAUUAUAUACCGAAAGGUAUGUGUUUCAGGAUUUUACUCCAGGAUGCUUUUGAACUGUUACGGUCAUAUGACAACAGUGAAUUGAUAAUCCUAAACCAUCAAUCCAGCAGUAUUUACAGUAUAAAACUGAAUUGGUGUUCCUGAGUCUUUGUGAUAGUUGCAAACAUGAAUUUAUGACCUGUUGCCAUUGAUAGAAAUACAAUAUAAAUACAUGCUUGUAUAUUUUUCUUCCUACCAUUUAAGUAUACAGUAGGAUUUGAAGUUUUCUUGUUUCCAGGCACGGAAAAGAAGAGAGGAAAAAAAGCAAAAAAGCAUUCCCUCCUUGACUACUGACUGUUUCGGGACUAUCAGGUCACAGUUUGUACUCCUGGGUCUGCACACACAGAUAUGUUGUAAACUCAACAGUUUUGUAAAAACUUGGCACUGUUAAUUCUGGGACAGGGAGAAAAAAGAAAUAAGGUGGAUCUAGUCAUAUGCAACUCCCAACACAACAUGGUUUAAUGGGAUUAACGAGCUUCUAAGAACACUGGCUGGGACGCAGUGUAAAUUAGACAGUUACUGUCAUAGUUGAAACAUUUUAUUUUGAAGUGCUGAAGCAAAGGUGCAAGCUGAGAUACUGAAGAUUAAAUAAAUUUAUAAUGAAUCACGUCCCUUA